AUGGCCAGCCAGGCGCGAGGGGGGGCAAGCGGGCGCGACUUGGGCGUCACGGGGAGGCCAGAGAUGGGCGAUGCGGGGCGAGGGGCGAGGCCCGGCGAGCGGUGGCCGGCGCGGGCGGCUGCGGUGCAGGCGGGCGGGAAGCUCGAGAUGCGGGGUGGGUCCAGCGGGCAGGGGAGGCGCAGCAGUACGGGGCUACGCGGCGAGCGCGAGCACGAGGAUGCGGCGGGGUGUGUGGGCGGUGGCCGGCGAGGCGGGAGCUCCGGCGGGGUCUGGCGCGCGACGGCUGCCGCGAGUGGCCCAGGGACGUGGGCGCGCACGGGAGCGGAGCUCCAGGUGCGACAGCAGGACGGGUGCCGGUGGCUGCGGGGGUCGGGCGGAGGCGGCAGUGGUAGCAGCACUUAA